CUGGACGAGGGGCGGCUCCUUCUCAUUACCAACAGCAGAAGAGUCUCUCUCGCCCUCUCACAGCCUGCAGAGAGAGAGAGAGAGUUAAAGAUAUGGCCCAUGAUCUUCCCCAGCUGGACUGACGGCUCCAGGGGUGAUGGAGAAAGUGUGUGUGUGUGUGUUUCUGCUGUCGCUUCAGAGAGAGGAUGGAGAAGCGUUCUCAUCUGAUCCGUUUCCCAGAGACGCUGGUAUGCUGGUCUUCAGGAUUGUUGUGGUUCUUCUGUGUGUGACUGUGGUCUGUUCUGAGAUCAGUCGUCUGACGGAUCAGUGGAUGGCCUGGAAAUCUCAACACAAUAAGAGCUACAGGAACACAAGAGAGGAGCGCCACAGGAGAGCCGUCUGGGAGCAGAAUCUGCUGGAGAUCCUCAAACACAACGAGGAGACGGCCGGCGGUCUGCACACAUACACACUGGGACUGAACCAGCUCAGCGACAUGGAUGCAGAUGAAGUCAAUCCUCUGAUGAACGGUUUAUUGGAGGAAGAUCUUCCCGAAGUCAACGUGUCGUUCAGACCUCCGUCACAUGAUCAGCGGCCCGUCCCAGCCAGAGUCGACUGGACGGAGCACGGGAUGGUCAGUCCUGUCCAGAACCAGGGGCGGUGCGGCUCCUGCUGGGCCUUCAGUGCUGCCGGGGCUCUGGAAGGGCAGAUGAAGCGGAGAACUGGCGCUCUGGUUCCGUUGAGUCCACAGAACCUGCUGGACUGCAGUGUGAGUUUGGGGAACCGAGGCUGUAAGGGCGGAUAUCUGAGCCGAGCGUUUCUCUACGUCAUCCAGAACAACGGCAUCGACUCCAACACCUUCUACCCGUAUGAACACAAGGAGGGUGUGUGUCGAUACUCAGUGACGGGGAGAGCUGGAUACUGCUCUAGUUUCCGGGUUCUUCCGCGUCACGACGAGGCAGCGCUUCAGUUCGCCGUCGCUAACAUCGGCCCGGUGUCCGUCGGUGUGAACGCCAAACUGCCUUCAUUCCACAGAUACAGAGGAGGCAUCUACAGUGAGCCGCAGUGCCGCGGGCUGGUCAAUCAUGCGGUUCUGGUGGUGGGUUACGGCUCGGAGAAUGGCCUGGACUAUUGGCUGCUCAAGAACAGCUGGGGGACGGCGUGGGGUGAGAAGGGCUUCAUACGCAUGGCACGAAAUAAAAACAUGUGUGGAAUCUCCAGCUUUGCCAUUUACCCCACCGUCUCUGAUCCCGUCCGGCCGGACCCCUGAACGCCUGCCGAUACCUGUGACCGCAGACACCUCACACACACACACACACACACACACACACCAGAGCCCUGAUUAUUCUGUCAAAUGUAUAUUUUGUGCAAGGGCUGAAUGUCUAGCUUUACACUUCUUAAACUUAUUUACACUUUAAUUUUUCGAAGUGCUUCUGCAAUAGUAAUCGUCUGAGUGUCUGUUAGAUGUUAAAGUCAGAAGGAGGCGGAGUUUAUAAUAAGGGGGAGGGGCUUCUUAUGCUAGAGAGCAU